AAAAAAACCCACCUCAGUUCACUGGGAGGGGUUUUCGGAGCAAACCAAAGCGGGUAGAAACAGUCCUAAAGCUUUCUCCUAUAAUCGUGAGCUGUAACUGCUGAGAUUGUCUCGGCACCGUAUUGAGCUCGUUUGUUUGUUGUAGCACUAUGUCUAACAUAAAGACAGAAGAUGAAAUAGCUCUCUUUGAAAGAGAAAUAAAAGAGUUUUGGACCAAAUUCAAAAGCAUUUACGGCAGUGAACAGAUCAAUCAGACUUUAGCACUGAGAGAUUCAUGCAAGGACUCUAUAAAAGCACUUUCAGAAAAAUGGUCUAAGAAAUUAAAAGAAGAGGACCUGAUGAUUGAUAAGAUUCAGGAGUAUAGUGAUGAGAUUCUCCAGCAGAGCAAACGCAUAUCAGAAAAUCAGGAACAUUUGACAAAAAUAAAGUCUAACCUAAAUCAUGAAGAAGAGCAAAAGAAGGACUUGACUGGCAGCAUCCAAGAGCUUAAAGAAGAGCUGAUGAAGAAAAAGGAAAUAAUAUCUUCUAAAAACAAGGCCACUAAAGAGAGAGUGGAACGACUAUGCAAGUCUAAAGCAUUGUUUGAAGAGCGACUUGGACUGGAAAUACGCAGAAUUCAUAAUGAACAGUUGCAGUUUAUAUUCAGGCAUAUUGACCACAAAGAUCCGGAGAAGCCAUACGUAUUCACUCUUUCUAUAAAUGAACAGGGAGAUUAUGAAGUGACUUCCUGUUCUCCUCCCCUGGACUGUAUAGCAGAGUUCCAGCUAAAAGUGAGAGAAACUAACAAUUUUUCUGCAUUUGUUGCCAACAUCAGAAAAGCUUUCACUGCUUUAUCUUAUAAAUAAUCUGUAUAAGAAUACUUAUACCUCUCUUCCUAGCUGUAGAGCACUUCUUUCUCUGUCCUGUAUUCUGAAAGUAUCUUUUUUUUAUCCAUGUCUUACUCUAAUUUCUAAAUAAAGAAAAAUAACCAAAAUAGUAUUUUAGUCCAUUAUUGAUUAGAGGUAUUUGGAUUAUUCUUUGAACAAUACUAUAAUCAAAUACUUCCUUAUCUGAACAUCUCCAGACAUGUACAUUUGGAUUCAGUAGGAAGCAGCUAAAUUUGCCCUCAAGGCUUUCACUUGUAGAGGUUUCAGAGCCUUCCAUUUCAGAGGUUUGCAAAAGACUGAUGUAGUAUUUCUAUUCAGAGACAGUAUUCGCGUUCAGAGACA